AUGACAACAAAACAACAUCAUAGGAGUCCAAGAAGAUAUGACCCUUUUGAUUGGGAGGAUACUAUGAGGUUGUUCAAUGAACCAUUUGGAAAUAGAUGGAUGAAGAUGUUUGACAAUGGAGUAGAUAACUUCUUUUCAAAGGACUUUGCUGGUGGUUCAAUGCGAAGUCCUAGGGUAUUCUGGGAGGAGAAGGACUCAAACUAUGCUCUAAAGAUUGAGCUACCUGGUGUACACAAGGAUGACAUCAAGGUCACCUUUGUCAACAACAAGUUGGUGAUCGAGUCAAACAAAGAGGAGAAGAGUGAGCAAGGUGGAACUAAGAGACAUUCAAGGUCCUCGUUCUACAAGUCAAUGACUCUACCAGAGGAUGCAAAUCAUGAGAAUAUCAAUGCCAAGAUGGAGAAUGGUUUAUUGGAGAUUGAUAUUCCAAAGACUACAGUACAAGAGUCAACAAAGAAAAUCAAUAUCAAUUAA